AUGUUUCGAACUAUCUUUUCCGCGGCGCUGCUGAUCGCCGGCUCGCAUGCCUACGAUAUGCUUCUCAAAUUCGACGGAGCACCGCUUAGAGAAAAUCGAACAAUCGAAGAGAUUUACCAAGCUGCUUUGGCAGAGGGCGGAACAGUCACCUGCUGGCAUGGUGGUGAUGAAACCAACCAGCAGGAUGGCUUGAAGGAGGCGUUUGAAACCCGUUUCCCCGGCAUGACCCUGAACAUCACUGUAGAUGUCUCGAAAUUCCAUGACGGCAAGAUUGACCGCCAGUUGUCCACCGGGAGCCUAUAUGUGGACAGCAUUAUACUACAGACGCUUCACGACUAUCCUAGAUGGGACCACGAGGACGCGCUGCUUCAUUACGCACCUUUGAACUUUGACAAAAUCCAUCCCGCCUUCCGAGACAUCAGGGCCGCCUGGUAUGGAGUUUCGAUUUUUGCCUGGACCUUUAUCUACAACACCGACAGACUCAGCGAAGGACCUCGAGAAUUUGCGGAUUUCCUCAAGCCCGAGUUCAAGGACAAGCUGGUUUUAACAUACCCAAAUGAUGACGAUGCGGUGCUCUAUGCGUUUGAUUUGAUUAUGCAAGAAUUCGGCUACGAAUGGUUCGAAAAGUUGCUUGCGCAGAACCCUCGAUGGGUCCGUGGAACAGGAACUCCAGUGACGCUGUUGAACAGCGCCAACAGCACUGUCGCUGCAACAUUUACUGCGGGUAUUGGUCUCUCAUCAUCGGGAUCCUUGAACGUCACUAUUCCCACGCAGGGGUCUUUCGUCACUUGGGCACAGCGUGCAGCUAUCUUCAAAGAUGCCCCUCACCCUGAAGGAGCGAAGUUGCUCCACAACUUCAUGUUGAGCCACGAGCACCAAAACAGCACAGGCAGUUGGAGUGUGCUGAAGGAUGUUCCUGCUCCAGCCGGGUAUCCUGAUAUUAUGGAUGUUACUUCUACGAAUCCUGUUGAGUUUGAGCGGUUCAUGAGUGACCGAGUUCGUGUUGAGAGGUUGAAGUUGUUUUUUGAGGAUAUUAUUGGAACUGCUCAAGGCUUGAGCCCUCUCAUCGAUGAUAUGUAG